GGGCCAGACUUGUGUGUGUUCAGCUGACCCGUCUGAUUCUUGGCUCCAUGAUGAUCAGUCUCCAGGAGCUGUGUGCUGGGCUUCCCCUCCACCCUCUGCCCCUAAAGAGGGGGAGAGAUAAUGGGGUGCCCCACGCUCCAGUCCGCACACCCCAGCUCUCAGAGCAGGAAGAGAAGCUCGCUCUGGAGAACGCCUUGCGAUAUUUCCCCCCGGAACAUCAUGGGACGUUGGCUCCGGAAUUCGUGGAUGAGCUGCGGAGUUUUGGACACAUUUACAUGUACCGCUUCUGCCCCAAUAUCCGCAUGAGGGCGUAUCCGAUCUCGGAGUAUCCGUGUAAAACGCAGAAGGCAGCGGCUGUAAUGCACAUGAUCAUGAACAAUCUGGAUCCCGCAGUAGCUCAGUUUCCUCAGGAACUGGUGACCUACGGAGGGAACGGGCAAGUGUUCAGCAACUGGGCCCAGUUCUGGCUUGUGAUGUAUUACCUCGCUGAGAUGACGGAAGAUCAGACCCUGGUCAUGUACAGCGGACAUCCUCUCGGCCUCUUUCCUAGUCACCCCAGAGCUCCACGAGUGGUCAUCACCAAUGGGAUGGUGAUUCCGAACUAUUCCACCCGGAAAGAUUACAACAGGAUGUUCGCAUUGGGAGUGACUAUGUAUGGGCAGAUGACUGCGGGAAGCUAUUGUUACAUCGGCCCGCAGGGGAUUGUCCAUGGUACGGUGUUGACCGUAUUAAACGCCGGACGCCGUUACCUUGGCUUGGAGGACCUGGCCGGGAAGGUGUUUGUCACGUCUGGUCUUGGAGGGAUGAGCGGCGCUCAGGCGAAGGCAGCGGCUAUCGUUGGCUGCGUAGGAGUUAUUGCAGAGGUUGAUGAAAAUGCUUUGUUAAAGCGUCACAAGCAGGGUUGGCUGAUGGAGGUUACAAGUUCGCUGGAUGAGUGUAUUCAGAGGAUCCGGAAAGCACGAAAGGAUAAAGAGACUCUGAGCCUGGGAUACCAUGGGAACGUUGUGGACCUCUGGGAGAGGCUUGCGGAAGAGUAUGAGAAGACGGGCGAGCUGCUGGUGGACUUGGGAUCCGACCAAACCUCCUGCCACAACCCCUUCAGCGGCGGCUAUUACCCGGUACAGCUUUCUUUCCAGGAUGCCAACCAGAUGCUCUGCGCCGACCCUCAGACCUUCCGCCAGCACAUCCAGGAGAGCCUGAGGAGGCAGAUCGCGGCGAUCAACAAGCUAUCGGAUCACGGCUUGUUCUUCUGGGAUUACGGGAAUGCAUUUCUGUUGGAGGCUAAGAGAGCAGGUGCUGAUGUGGAGCAGAAAGGAGGAAACAGUACAGAAUUCAGAUACCCGUCCUACGUCCAGCAUAUCAUGGGAGACAUCUUUUCUUUGGGUUUCGGGCCGUUCCGAUGGGUGUGCACCUCCGCCGAGCCCUCCGACCUUGCUGCCACGGAUGAGAUCGCAGCCGCUGCAUUGGAGGACAUUAUUUCCCGGGGAGUUAGUGAUCCAGUCCAGAAGCAAUACGAAGACAACAUUCGAUGGAUCCGGGAAGCUGGAAAACAUCAACUGGUCGUCGGCUCUCAAGCAAGAAUAUUGUAUUCUGAUCAGAAAGGACGGGUCGCCAUCGCCGUCGCCAUAAACAACGCUGUAGCCACCGGCCAAGUCAAGGCUCCCGUGGUUAUCAGUCGGGAUCACCAUGAUGUGAGUGGGACGGAUAGCCCAUACAGGGAAACUUCCAACAUCUAUGAUGGCUCCGCCUUCUGCGCAGAUAUGGCUGUUCAGAACUUUGUGGGAGAUUCCUUCCGUGGAGCCACGUGGGUAGCCCUGCAUAACGGCGGAGGCGUUGGCUGGGGGAGAGGCUGUGGAGCCAAAUUCUCCGCUCGUAGCAGUCUGUACAUUCAUUCAAAGAAGCACCUUCAGGACGUGGAUGCCUCCAAGGCUCGAUGUUCCGUAUCCAACUGCAGCAAGAUAUUCACUUCAAAGCAAAGCCUAAAGUCCCAUAUGGUUAAACAGCACGGCCGAGACCUGGAAGCCUCCAGCUCCCUCACCCCCAGCAGUGAACUCACAAGCUCCGGGCAAAGUGACCUCAGUAAUCUGGACAUCUCAUCUCUCUUCACCAACGUGUCCUCAAACGGUUCAGCCGACCUGACCCUGGUCAACUCUGGAAUACUGACCAUCGAUGUGUCUUCUGUGAGAUCGACGCUAGGAGGCGGCCUGUCCGCCAACAAUAACUCUUUGGUACAUCCCGUCGACCCCUUGGUGCUGGUGUCCAACAACGAGAACCACAGCAGUUUGGACAGCUCCCUCCUGCUUGGCGCAGCAGCCUCUAUCCUCCAGCAGGGAAACCUGAACUUGGAUGAUGUACAGACUGUGAAUGCAGAGGCCCUGGGCUCUCUGGCUUCCUUAUCUGUGCGAAGUUCCAAUCAGGAUUUGCACGCACUUACCUCCACUAACAGCCUGACUAUAGAUUCCGCUAGCCUGACGCCUUCUGUUAGCCUGGGGGCCAGCGGCUCCAUGCCAGAAUUGCUGACGCAGACCAAAGCUGAUAGAGGCUUGCUUCACAGCUCGGAGGUUGUAGACCAGCAGGAAGGCAGUAAAGUAGUAACGCAGUUUGUGUUCUCCAACACUGCGGGCAGCUACAGCGCACAGAAAGAAGUGGAUUUCAGUGUGGCCGGAAAUUCAGUAUUGGACAGCGGCGGAUCAGCCAGGACAGACUACAGAGCCAUUCAGCUGGUGAAGAGCAAAAAGAAAGGUGGCGGCAGCAGUUCAGGCACUUCCCCUACUCAGAAGAAAAAUAAAACUGCAAAACAAUUGUCUCCGUCUGGUAACCGUUCAGGGAACAGUGUUGUUAUGGCAAAUGGUGGACUGACGUUACGGGACCCAGCCACGGGGGCACAGUAUGUACAGAUCCAGCUGCUUCAGGACGAUCCUCCCGGCGAUGGUGACUUGCCGUUCCAGCUGAGCGCUCAGUCCCCAGCAGCUCACACUCAUCUCACCGUGGAUCUACCGGUGCACAUCCUGCAGGAGCCCCACGUCUCCGCAGAGGAUGAUGCCGCCUCAGACAGUUCCCAGUUUACAGGAAGCACAAUAAACCUGCAGGACCUCGAGAGUAUUCUGGAGCAGAGAGAUCUGCACCCCGUUCCCCGUCUGUGGAAAGUGUUCACCUUGCACUAUGUGUUACGUUCUCUUCUUCUACACGGUCGUACACAAAAAGCUGCUUUCUGCUAUUGUGUGUCCGCCGGAUCCACGGAGGAUUUGGGAUAUCAGUAUGGAAUGUUCUACGUUAUCUUCCCCAGAAGCAGGACACUGGAGAAGCUUCUUUGGACCAAAACCCUCACUUCCUGUCUCGCUCUGACCAGCAAGGAAUACACGUUUCUAGAUUUCCUCAGCGUCGUCCUCUCCCUUUGGUCUGCUCAUGGCUUCCGUUGGCGGGAUUUACGUCAUUUUUGCAGCGUUCAGACCUUUCUUGGCAUUGGAAUUCUCUAUAGUGAUGGAGAACCUACCUCUGGAAUACAAGCGGUCAGCUCUGAAUCGGACGAGUUGGCGUCCAAUCCCACGCUACGGUCCUGA